GCUGCCGCGGCCGCCACCGCAGCUGCCGCUGCCUGCUCUUUGCCGCGUCUUCCCGGAGGCGGCUGCUGGAAGCCGCCGGGAGCAGCUGUGGUGCUCUGCCAUAUUGUGUCUUCCCCUGCCCGUCCCUCGCCUCCCCGCUGAGGCGGUCGAGCAGACGAAACUGUAAGAGUAAAUGGGUCCAGUAAUUGGAAUGACUCCAGAAAAGAGAGCUGAAACUCCAGGAGCUGAAAAGGUUGCAGGAUUAAGCCAGAUUUACAAAAUGGGAAGCUUGCCUGAAGCUGUUGAUGCUGCCAGGCCAAAGGCCACUCUAGUGGACAGUGAGUCAGCAGAUGAUGAACUCACAAACUUGAACUGGCUUCAUGAAAGUACUAAUCUUCUAACAAACUUCAGCUUUGGAAGUGAGGGUCUUCCAAUUGUUAGUCCAUUGUAUGACAUAGAGGGAGAUGAUGUGCCAUCCUUAGGACCAUCUUGCUAUCAGAACCCAGAAAAAAAAUCAGCAACUGCAAAGCCCCCAUAUUCCUUUAGUCUUCUCAUUUACAUGGCCAUUGAACACUCUCCAAAUAAAUGUUUGCCUGUCAAAGAAAUUUAUAGCUGGAUUUUGGAUCGCUUCCCAUAUUUUGCUACUGCACCAACAGGCUGGAAGAAUUCUGUUCGACAUAAUCUGUCCCUGAAUAAAUGUUUUCAGAAAGUGGAAAGAAGCCAUGGCAAGGUCAAUGGAAAAGGUUCCUUAUGGUGUGUUGAUCCAGAAUAUAAACCCAACCUUAUGCAGGCACUGAAGAAGCAACCUUUUUCCUCAGCAUUAACAUUUUACACCCCUCCUGCAUCUCCACAAAGUGGCUCUUUAUCACCUCAUUUCUUAAGCUCUGUACUCAAGCAGAACCAGGUGCGAACCCUUAAAGAAUCUGAUAUUGAUGCUGCCACUGCAAUGAUGCUUUUAAAUACUUCUCUAGAACAAGGCAUUUUAGAAUGUGAGAAGCCUCUUCCUCUUAAAACAGCAAUGCAAAAAAAGAGGAGUUAUGGCAAUGCAUUUAAUCAUCCCAGUAGUGUGCGAUUGCAAGAGAGUGAUUCUUUGGCCACAAGCAUUGAUCCAAAAGAAGACCACAAUUACAGUGCAAGCAGCAUGGCAGCACAGCGCUGUGCGUCCAGGUCUAGUGUGUCUUCUCUGUCCUCUGUGGAUGAGGCAUAUGAAUUUAUCCCAAAGAGCAGCCAUGUGGGAAGUGAUGGCAGUGAAGGAUUUCACAGUGAAGAAGAUACAGAUGUUGAUUAUGAAGAUGAUCCUCUUGGAGACAGUGGCUAUGCAUCACAGGCUUGUGCAGAUGCCUCUGAAAAAGGGCAGCCAGGCAAAAAGAUGCGCAAACAGUUAUGUCAAGAAAUUGAUGAGGAGCUCAAAGAGGCAGCUGGAUCUCUGCUCCACCUUGCUGGAAUCCGAACAUGUCUGGGUUCCCUAAUAAGUACUGCGAAGACACAAAAUCAAAAGCAGCGGAAAAAAUAGAAAUACUUAUUAGUGUGAAAUUAUUUUAAAGUGUGGCAAUACUCUUCUACUUAAUUCUUUACAAGGGAUAUCAAAGCCAUAAUGGACUUCUUUUGUUUUAGGGUGGGGGAGGGGUGCUAAUUACUUGUUUAUUUCACAACAUGUUUGUUUUAAUUUUUAUUAAAUAAUUGCUGUUAGGAUCAUGCCCAACCAUAGAUACGCUGCCAAGUCCUAAAAGCAUAAUAUUUGUGAUAAGUGUGUCUAAGAUUUGGAAAUUUUUAUAUAAGAAAAUCCACAGCCUGUGUCUUAAAACUUGUAGGAAAAAUCUUUUAUUCUGUUUAUGUGUUAAAGUGUAAGAAUUGGCAACUCUGUAACUUUUUUUCAUUUUCUUUUCCAAUCAUUUGUAAUUAACUGUAGUUGCUGAUCCAGCUAAAAAUGUUGCUGAUGUCUUUCUCACAUACUUCUCUCUGGACACAUGCAAUCCAGUAGAAUGAGAUUUGGAUUUUUUUAUUUUGUCUUAAUUUUAGUUUUUAAUUAUUUUUCGCUGAAGCGUGGACAAAGUUGAAUAUAAAUUGGAAAAGGUCCUUUUGCUAAGUGAAAGCUCCUUUUGGCUACAUAGGCAGGAAGUAUAACAAAGAGUUCUGAAAUUUAGAAAAGGCAGUUUUGUGGUAAAAUUUCUAAUAAGAACACUCCCAAUUCCUAUUAUAAUAUUAUCUUUGAAUUUUUUUUACUUCCCAGAUGUUGCAUAACAUUUAUUGGGGCCUUUUGUUCAUUCCCAAAGUGCUUUGCAACCAUUGUUUGAAUUUUAGCCACUAGCUGUCUUUGUUGAGUAAAAAUAACCCAGUGAGAGAGGAUAUAGCCAUAAAGUAUGUUAUGGAGUUAACACUCAUUUUGACACACUUUUUGCAAUAAGAGAAUCUUUUAUUUGUUGUUAAAUGGACUGCAUUCUGGGAAUUUUGUAGUAGGAAUGGAGUGUGACCUAAUAUAGACAUUUUGAAUACUUACUACUUAUGUCCUCUUAAAUAAAGAUAGAUCAUUUAGGAAAAAACUUCUGUCCAAGGUUUGUAUGAAUUAAGUUUGUAUGUAUUCCUAAUUAAAUUUAAAAGGAUUUAACAAAACUGUAGAAACCAAGUACCUUCAUGAGUUUGAAAAUUCAUAUAAAAUUAAAUCUUAUACAGUACACCCUUUGGGGGAGGCAUUAUAAUACGUAUGUGCCAUUUAUUCCAUGCUAAAAGAUUUUAUAUUGCUGUUCCAAAGGUGCAUUGACUAAGGCAUUUUAAGCAUUUGAACAAAUCUGCUCUAUGAGACAUUUUUUCAUAUCAUUUUUAUAGUUUGACUAUAUUAAUUUAGAAAGAACACAGGAUACAUUAGUAAAACUAAACUUAUUAUAUAUUUUUUUUUUACAGUGAUAGAAGCAACUUUCCAAAAGUUCAGUCUUAUCUCUUGGUGCAUUCUGUUUUAUAACAAUGACCUUGUUUUCAUUUUUCUGAUAAUUUCUAUGUACAUAUACAUACAUACAUAGGCUCAUGAUUUUGGUUGGUUACUUUCAGCUGUUUCUAUGACUAAAGCAUUUUCUUGGAUUUUUUUUUAAGAGGUAUUUUUAUUUUAACUUGUAAAUUUUAUUUGGGCAAAACUGUUGAAUGAGAAGCAUAAUGAAAACAUCUUUUUCAAUUGGCAAAACUUUAAGCCAGAGCCAGGGAUAACAACAUUAAUAUUAUCUGUCCCGUUUCCAUGUUAAUUGUAAUUGAACUUGGAUAGCCACAUUAAUAGAAUCAGUGCUGUUGAAAUACAGUAAUUUUUAAAUUUGUUGAUAAUGAAAAAUAGUUUUUAAGUAUGCAGGAUGAGGUAUUUGGGAUUGUUUUUUUUCUUCUUCAUUUUUGUCACCUCUGCUACAGAAAAUGGCUAAUCCAAGUUAACACCUUUUACAUGGACAGUGACUAUAACACACCAAAAAAUGCUUAUACCACAGUAUAAAUAGUAUACAGAUUAUAAAAAUCAUUUCAAUAACAGUAUCUUAAAGCUCUUUAUGGUGGCCCUCUGGAUAGACCUUAGUAACAGUGUGUUUCAGUGACCUGGUUCCAGUUUAUUUUGUUCUACUGAAAUUCUGUACCACAGAUGUUCUCUCUGGUUCCUGUCCAUUAGAUAAUUACUCUUUGUAAGCAGAGGAGGAUGAUUUAAGAUAAGGAGGGGGAGAGUUGUUCCCCCUUUAAGAGGGAUCUUCAAAAUUAUUUUGGCUUAAUAUAAAUAACAAUAAUUCUUUAAACUUAAUAUUCUCUCCCUCUUCAAAUUUAAAAGUUUAAAUGCAUCACUAGCAAAGACAAUGAAUGCUUUCAUACUAAAAGCUAAUGGGAAGAAGUCAUAUGGUAUUUUACACUUAAUAUACAGAAUUCAGUGCAUCACUUUUUCCAUUUGCUGAUUUACUGAGGCAGUUGUUUUCAAGGGGAAGUACUUUUUUAAUUAUGAUUCCCCCAUUAUUACUUUCAUAGAUAUUAUGAUCCCAUUCGUCAGGUGUGUUGAGAUAAAUAACCACCCAAUUAAGGAAAGUCAUUUCAAGUCCUAUGGACUGGAAAUUGUAUUUCUGAUAAUAUAUUAAUAAGAAAUUAUACUGUAAUAGAAACAGUUUGGCAAUUCCAGAGAGGUUAUAUAUGUUCCAGCAUAUUUUAAGACUGUGAUUUAAGCUAACAUAAUUUGCCUUACAUCAAUAUAAAUUGUUACAACCGAUUCUAGUUUACAAUAGAUUUCUAGUGAAGUUUUGAGUCAGCACAAUUAAUCUUCAUCUUUCCCAUCCCAAAUAGAAUCAGUGUUUCUUGAAUAUAGAUUUUUGAAAUUUAUUUGUGCAAUAUAUUACUAGAUUCAUUAAUAUUUUAUUUUACCUUUCAAAUUCAGAGAAAGAAAACAUUACUUGUAUUCAUGGAAAAGCUAAUUAUUGGUGGAUUGCCUCCUUUUUUCCACCUUUGAGCCUUUCCUUUCCUCCCUAUAGCCAGCAUGACUUCUCUUAACUUAGAUUCCCCUGUAUAUAGUAAGGCUUAGAAUAUAUAUAUAUAUUUUUUUUGCUACUUUCUGAGGCAUUAUGUAAAAGGUUCAUAUUAGGUGGUCAGUUAAAUAUAUGUAAGCACGAAUUCAAAGGUAGAGAAAGUGUUGAGGGAAUGUGUGUGUCUUCGUAGACCAGGAGGCUUUUCCUAGCAGUUUAAUCAACAGAUGUGAAUAAUUCACAAAGCUGUAAAGACUUUUGUCUUAAAUACUUACAGUAACUUAACAACCAUUUGUGAAGACCACACAUUUAAUUAAAGGCUUUCUGGUUUACAUAUACUUUACAGUUGUUUUUUUUUUGUUGUUAGUUUGAAAUGUGUAAGCUUUGAUUUAAAGUUUACUUCACUAUAUUAAUGAUGUACUCAAAGUAUUUAUUGAAAGACAAAGUAGAGUAUUUUAAUGUUAUACCUGCCAUUUUUUCUUAAAGCACAUUUAUUUCUGCAUCUAACUGCCAUUGCCAUUGUUGUACAUUUCUUAUUAAACUAAGUGCUUAAUUUUAAGUAUUAUGUUGUCAUCAUAUAGUGUAUAAAAAUGUAUAAUUGCCAAUUCACUGUAACUACUAUUUAUUUUUAAAUGAAAGUGUAAGAAUGCUUUCUGAUUCAAGAAAUUUGAGUUAUUAAACUGGUUUCCUUAUCCUCUUUUCUAAUGUAGCAUAAAAAUUGCCCUGAGUUUGAGUUAUAACUGCCAGUAGAUGACCAGUCACAAGUGAACCACUUCUCAGUUGCCAGUCUUUGUUCAUAUUAAAAGCAGCCUAACAGAUAUUUAGUUUUUGUAUCUAAUCUCUGAUGAUUAAAGUGUUUAUAAAGUUUAUUUUUACCAAAGAAAUGCAAUUCAUUAUGAUAAAGUAUUGCAGAAUAAACCUUGUUUUAUAACA